AUGGUUGAUGCAGGUGUGGCUCAUACAAAACUGGUUCAAACCGUUUACAAUGAUUGUAUAUUUGAUCCAGAAGAGGGUGAAUCAUUGGUCCAGGAUAAUACUCGGUGCUCAACUCAAGAAGUAGACCCCAUACAUUCGCUUUCAGAAGAAUCCAAUCAAUUAUUAAAAUUGCCAUCACUACAAGAACUUAAUCAAUUAACUGACCAUCAAAAAUAUAUAGAUAACGAUGACAAUAAUAUUAUUACUAAUAUGAAUAUGAAUGUGGAUGACAAUAAUACUAGUACCAAUACGAAUAUGAUGAAUAUUGAUGGUAAUAAUAUCAGUACUAAUACAAAUAUGAUGGAUAUUAAUAAUGACAACAUUAGCACUAAUGAACCGAUCACAAUGACAACAUUUACUCUACAUCCAAAUGUCAUCCAGGCUAUGUCAGAUCAAUGGUCAGAUAGUGUACAUUUCGAACCAUUUGAAACUAAUAAUAGUAACAUUGAUAUUAG